AGGGAUACUGUAGUGUUCUAAUGGUUAAAGAUUAAAAUCAGUCCAGUAGUUCUGUGGGGCUUUGUGUGUAAUUAAUGAUGCCUAUAAGAAAUACAUCAAACUAAAUUAUGUGUAUUAACUGUAAAAUAACAGGCAUUAGUUGUAUGAGAUUUAAAGUAAUGUUUUGUUAAUAUUAAAAUAUGAAUGCGGCAGGAACAGGAUAAAACACUACAAUCUAAACAACUUUGUCAAAAGUCUAUAAACCUUCUUCAUAAGAUGUUCAUGACAUAUGCCACAAUGACAUUUUAUUAAAAAUAUAAGUAUGAGGAUCGUCAAACAUUUGUAAUGUUUUUAAAUCAAUUUUAAAUUAAAAUGCACUCAACUGGACUACCACGAACCUGUCUUGGCUUCACCAAUUUACUUUUCUUCUUAUUUGGUAGUGUUGGAUUGCUGAUUUGUGUCUGGUGUGCGAUAAACACAGACUUUUUUAAAGAUGUAAAUUAUACAAUAACCAAAAGCUCCUUCGUAUCGAGUAUAGCCAACUUCGUGAACUUAAAACUAUGGCUUACUCCCAUGACAACAAUUCUUAUACCAAUCGCCGGCUUGGCUAUGUUAACAUCGUGCUGUGGACUCCUAGGAGCUGGUUGCAGGACCAAAUGUGCGAUAAAAUCAUACAUUUUCCUUGUAACGGCGUUAUCGUUAUCAAGUUUUUGGCUCUUCUUCAUAUUUGGUGUCCAUAAUAUAUACACAGACAAUCCGAAAACAAGAAAUUAUCUGCGAUCAACGUUGAAGACUUACUAUGGUAAAGAAAAUGAUUUUGUAACUCAUAUGUUGGAUUACAUUAUGGUGGAAUACAAAUGUUGUGGUGUAAACAAUUAUAAGGACUUUGUAGAUUCAGCGUGGCAAAGGAAUAAUAUGGAUAAACUGUACCCUAACCAUUGUUGUGUGAUGGAUAAAAAUUUCGUCCCAGUAUCGAAAGCGUGUACACAAACACUGGAUGUCGAAGCAUACGCACACAGCGGGUGUUUUGAUACUCUACGGCAGUCUAUUAAAGAUAACAAGGGAUUGAUUAUAUUCUAUAUAUUUCUGUUACUCGUAAUGUACACUACUGUGAUAUUUUUCGCAUAUUGUAUAAUACGAGGUGAACCAUUUUUGGAUAUAGCAGAACCGGUCUCGUUUAUCCCAAAACACAAAGACAAUGUGGAGAAUAUAACUCCAAAUUCUUCGCUCGAUAACAUGAUGUUUGUUGAAGAACCACCGAAGAAAGUCGUAAGGGUUGUGUCGGCGAUCAACCCGGCGCAAACGUAUAAGUUCACGCCAAAUAUGUAUAGCGGGAAUUAUCCUCCGACUAUAAGAAGUCAUACUUUACAAUAAAAACUUUCCAACUUUAUUUUUGUUUAUUUAUAGUAAUUUCAAUAAGAUAUUGAGGACUUGAGUGGAUUUCAUAUAUUUUGGCAAGCUUGUUUGUGUAUAUGUCAUAGAUAACGCACUAUGCGUUAUCACAAAAAUUAAUUUAAUUGUAACACUCAGUAAUAUAUCUAAUCACUAGUGUUAUUUUUUUUAUGAAAUAGGAGUCUCACCUGAUGUUGAGUGAUAUGCCUCCCGUGACAUAUGACACUCACAUUGCGAUAAGUGCGUUGCCGACCUUUUAAGAAUUGUUAUAUUUAUCUAGCGACACCUAUAAUCAUUGCGAUUGCGUCAUACUCUGAAACGCAACUGCUAAGGAUAUAUGUUACCUACA